UUUUUUUUUACAUUUAAAAAAUAUUUUUGUAAUCUCUCUCUCUGUAUUGAACUGUUCACUCUACAACGCCAUGAGCGCUAGAGCUCUUCUCUACUCCUUAUCUGUCACGCCCAACACCCCACCCGAUGUUUCAGCCCGAAAGAAAAAUUCAUGUUCCGAUGUCAAACCCAGGUACCCUUUUCCUUUUCGGAUUCGGGUACGCACAUCCUCCCAAGAAUGUUGCUCUGUAUUUCGGGUCUCCGCACUUCGAAGUUCCGGGGGGAGAAGAGGCGGGAAAGUGUGGGCUGAUGUUAAAUCGAAGCCUUACGAUAUUUCAAGCUCAGCUUCCGAUUCUGUGAAGUUUGAGGAGACUCAUGACGGCGUCGUGUUGGGGGAGGAAGAGAAGGACAGUUCAGUUCCCUGGUUGGAACGGUUUCCCAAAAGAUGGGUCAUUGUCGUUUUAUGUUUCUCGGCGUUCCUACUCUGCAAUAUGGAUAGGGUAAAUAUGAGCAUUGCCAUACUUCCAAUGUCAGCAGAGUUCAAUUGGAACCCAACCACAGUUGGUCUGAUACAGUCUUCUUUUUUCUGGGGCUACCUCCUUACUCAGGUUGCUGGUGGCAUAUGGGCAGACACAGUUGGUGGAAAGCUGGUCCUGGGAUUUGGUGUAGUUUGGUGGUCGAUUGCCACAGCUCUCACUCCUAUUGCUGCCAAAGCUGGGUUGCCUUUCUUACUUGUUGUUCGUGCUUUCAUGGGGAUAGGUGAGGGUGUUGCUAUGCCUGCCAUGAAUAAUAUUUUGUCAAAAUGGGUUCCUGUAGCAGAGAGAAGUAGAUCAUUAGCAUUAGUGUACAGUGGGAUGUACCUUGGGUCAGUCACUGGCUUGGCAUUUUCACCGUUUUUAAUCCACCAGUUUGGAUGGCCAUCAGUCUUCUUCUCUUUUGGUUCUCUAGGUACAGUUUGGUUUGCUGUGUGGCUAAGUAAGGCGCAUAGUUCUCCUCUUGAGGAUCCAGAACUGCUGCCUGAAGAGAAGAAGCUGAUCAUCUCCAACAGCGUUUCCAAUGAACCUGUUAAAACAAUACCUUGGGGACUGAUUUUGUCAAAACCACCUGUAUGGGCCCUAAUAGUGUCUCAUUUCUGUCACAACUGGGGGACAUUUAUUCUUUUGACAUGGAUGCCAACUUACUAUAAUCAAGUCCUGAAGUUCAAUCUUACGGACUCUGGGCUAAUUUGUGUUUUGCCUUGGCUUACAAUGGCAUUUUCUGCAAAUCUUGGAGGGUGGAUUGCUGAUACGCUAGUUAGCAAAGGUUUAUCUGUGACAAAAGUUCGUAAGAUCAUGCAAACAAUUGGAUUUCUUGGUCCUGCUUUCUUCUUAACUCAGUUGAGCCAUGUUAAUUCUCCUGCAAUGGCUGUUCUGUGUAUGGCAUGUAGUCAGGGUACUGAUGCAUUCUCACAGUCUGGCCUAUAUUCAAACCAUCAAGAUAUUGCCCCUCGAUAUUCUGGAGUAUUACUUGGUCUUUCCAAUACUGCUGGAGUACUGGCAGGUGUAUUUGGUACAGCGGCAACAGGCUACAUCUUGCAACAUGGUUCGUGGGACGAUGUUUUCAAGGUUUCUGUUGGGCUGUACUUGGUUGGCACAGUUGUUUGGAACCUUUUUUCGACCGGGGAGAAGAUCUUGGAUUAACUCGGAUACCUGAUCCUUCAUAUGCGGCAGUUGCAAUCCUGAGAUAAUGUAGAAGAGUUCAACUGUAAGGAGUAUCUGAAAGAUGAAAGAGCAAGAGAUCAAAUUAAAAGGAAAGUACAAAGAUCGUCUUGAACGAUAUUCUUUUGCUGUAAUGCAACAUAAUUUCCCAGAUGGAGCAUGAAGCUUGAAUUUAGAAGUAAUGCCUCCACCACUUGGACACCAUCUCAGUAGAGAAAGGAUUAAUAGAUAUACACAAUUAAUUACCCUCCUGUAAAUGUUGUAUUUAAGCUAACACAUCAAUUUUGCGAUUAUGUUCAUAUUUGAUUUCAAGAAUACUGUUUCAUCAAUC